UUACUGACAACUGCUACGUUUGGUUCUCCUUUGGUUCUUCUGUUUGGUUCUUCUCUUAGAUUCUUCUGUUUGGUUGUCUUGCUAGUUUCCCUGAAUUGUUUUGGAUCAUCUGGAUGAGCCACAAUGAUCAGCCGAAACUUCAAGAAUGUGCUGGUGGUGUCCAUCGGCUUUUUGUCCCUGUUCACGGCGUAUGGUGGACUACAGAGUUUACAGAGCAGUCUGAAUGCCGAGCAGGGCAUGGGCGUGGCCUCUCUGAGUGUCAUCUACGCCUCCAUCAUCGUGUCAUCCAUGUUCCUGCCGCCCAUCAUGAUCAAGAACCUGGGCUGCAAGUGGACCAUCGUGGUGGGCAUGGGCUGCUACGUCUCCUACUCUUUAGGCAACCUCUACCCCGGAUGGUAUACCCUCAUCCCCACUUCUGUGAUUCUGGGUUUGGGUGGCUCCCCCUUGUGGUCAGCCAAGUGUACAUACCUGACCAUCGCGGGAAACACCCAGGCAGCCAAAGAGGGCAAAAAGGGCUCAGACGUCAUAAACAUGUACUUUGGGAUCUUCUUCUUCAUCUUUCAGUCGUCUGCUGUGUGGGGAAACCUCAUGUCUUCACUCAUCUUUGGACAGGACACAAACAUAGCGGACAUACCCGAGGAGCAGUUACAGACGUGUGGGGCAGCAGACUGUGGCCUGAACAUCAGCUCCAACAGCACCACCAUAAGGCCAGAGCAGAAGUUGGUGUGGACCCUGGUGGGAGCGUACAUAGGCGUGGGUGUGCUGGCCAUGUUGAUCAUCUCUAUCUUCCUGGACAACAUCGACCAACAGCAGACGACUGAGUUCCGGGAGCAGCGGGAGCCUUUCUGCCACACCUUCUUGGCCACGUUCAGACUGCUCAAAGACUGGAGGCUCCUCACGCUCAUCCCCCUCACCAUGUACAGUGGCUUUGAGCAGAGCUUCCUGUCUGGAGAGUACACCAAGAACUAUGUCACAUGUGCCCUGGGGAUACACUUUGUAGGUUUUGUGAUGAUGUCUUUUGGAGCGGCCAACUCUCUCUCGUCGUUCCUGUUUGGACGCCUGGCUCGGUACACUGGCCGCGCUGCUCUGUUCUUCCUCGCCGCUCUGAUAAACUUGGGGUCUAUCAUUGCUCUGUUGCUGUGGAGACCCGACCCGGACCAGCUGCCUGUGUUUUUUGUCUUUCCGAUCUUAUGGGGAGUAGCUGAUGCAGUCUGGCAAACACAAACCAAUGCCCUGUAUGGCGUCCUGUUCCCUCGAGACAAAGAGGCGGCGUUUGCCAACUACAGGAUGUGGGAGUCCCUGGGCUUCGUCAUCGCCUUCGCCUACAGCACCUUCUUGUGUCUGGAGUAUAAACUGUACAUUGUGCUGGCUGUGCUGGUGCUGAGCAUGAUCACAUACCCCAUAGUGGAGUGGCACGAGUACAAGAACCCCACGCCCCCCAUAGAACAGGGCCACUCCUCUGAGCAAAAGAAAGUCUUAGAGAAGAGCGAGAAGGAUCUGAUAGCACAGACGCAGCUAUAGAGAUGAGGAAGUUCACACAGGGCUGUUCUUUAGAUCAACUAUCACAUCAAACACUGUACACAUAAGCGGUGUUAGAUUGGAUUAGAUGAUUUUCUUUUUUUUUAUUUUAAGUUGUCUUUUUAUAUACUGGUACAAAUAAAAAGAUUAAUUUAUUCAAAUAAUACAUCGAUUAAAUUUGUGCCAAUUUAAGGUACACAUGACAGGUUUUAGCGAUUUUCUAAUUUCUACUCUAAAUACUUUUAUCUUUUUUUAUUUUUUGGAGGGGAGUAGAGUUUUAUUUUAGAGAGUCCCAUAUCGUUCACACUAGGAGAAUUCCAUCCAAACUAUUAGUCAACUACUAUUUACACAAGAAACAUACAUUUCUGAUACUUUAAACUUUAUUCCAACAAAAUACUGACAGAAGACUGGCUGUAGACCUGUUAGAUUAAAAAUCCCUGGGUCAUUAUUAGCAAUAACUGUAUCUUAAUCUUAAUUCAAAAGGAUCUCUCAGCUUGAGUAUAUAGAAUUACAGAAUAUAUAUAUGAUGAUUGCACUCAUCAGCCUCUAAAUGUUAUUUGUUUUAUUUGCACCUUAUUAUUUGCAACACUUUGAGUAUUAGCGAGACAUCACACGUUAAAUAUGAGCAAGAAGCAAAUUAUGAAUGAAAAUUAACUGGAUUUUUAUUAUGCAGCUCUUUAAAGUCUUGUUUGUGAAAUGUUUUUGUUUACUUAAAAUUUUAUUUUAGUAUUUCACAGCAUCACACUUUGCAAUUUCAGUGUACUUCUCAGUAGAUUAGAUUUAUUACUGAACAAAAUACAAUGAAACUUGGAUGUAGCAAACCCGCCACAGUAAAAUCAAGUAUAGAAAUCUGAUGCACUUUGUAGGUGGGUGAUCAUUGUCUUCUGGUUUAGGAUAUUAUUAAGUCUUCUUAUGUGGAUGUUUUUUUCUGUAAUCGAUUAAAUGCAAGUUUGUUUUGUU